GACAAGAAAAGCUAAGGCUGGAUGAUAACGACACUCAAAGUAUCUGUAGGACCAAAAAUUGGAAGGGCCAUCACGGCAGGCCUGCAAGCAGAACGCGUUUUUUAAUCAUGGUUGAAAACGGCUUCGCAAAGCCUCUUGGGUUAGUUUUAAUCGUCACAGCUCACAUGGUUUUCUCUGACCCCAGCCAUGCAGUUGUCAUUGGGACCGUCGGCCAAAACAUCUCACUUCACUUCAAAUUUAACGCUAACAUCACAGAUGAGAGUAACAUUGCUGUCUAUAAAUGUUUAGGAGAGCAAAGAAAAAUCUCUGAAUAUCCAAUUUUCAAAAAUGAAUUUAAGAUUUACCCUGAAGAUUCUUCCAUACAUUUUCACAUUACCAAUCUGAGCCUAAACCACAGUGAAACUUACUGGGCCAUUUUGGUCAUAAAUUUAUCAAAAAUACAUAGUAAAAAUGAAGUGAAGCUGAUUGUUCAAGAGGAGAACCUAACCACCACAGUUCCUCCAGAGACGAGCACCUUCACCAAAACAACUAACAAUGGAAGUUCCAGUUUCUUUUCCUCUAAGGUUGUCACAGUUAUAUUGGUUUCUCCAUUUCUUCUGCUAGCUGCAUUGCUUCCAUUUGUGGUCAUCUGUCUUCCAAAACCAAAAGACCAAACACAAGAAGGACAUCAGAGAUCCUCAUCUCCUACAACACAGGAAACAGUUGAAGUGACAGUUAGUACGACUGACCAGUCACUGGUCUACAGCGUCCUGGACUUCCCAAAGAGACCCCCAUCAGCUGUGGAGUUGGGCUCCAAAGAGACGGAGUACGCCACAGUCAGCUACCUUCCAGAAAAGAAGCUGAGGCCCAACAUCAAUAAAUGAACGAGUGUAAAUCUUCAGAUCCUUUUCAGUUUCAGUAAAAGACUUUAAAACCCCAGAAUCUAAUAAUAUAUUUCUUGUAUGUAUGAUAAAUUGUGCUUUGACUGUUUUUACACAUUUUACAAUAUUAGUCAGGGGAACCAGUUUUUAUAUGAAAGACAUCACUGUGUGUGUGGUGAUCACCACACAUAAAUGGCAAGAGUUACUGUAACAAACCACAAAUAUCAACGUCACCCAACUAUUUCCUUGAACCAAAUAGUUUUGUUUCUGGUGAAACUGGCAAAAUUUGAUCUUUACUUUAUUGUUAUGAGAAACUAGCUCAACUAGAAAUAUGCUUGAAAUAAUGUUAAUGGAUCAAAAUGGUGUUCCUUAUAUAACUGAUGAAAUAUUGCCCACUUUGUGUGGAAACAGACCAAUUUGUUGGGAGCCGGAGCACAGAGUAAACAAAAAAAAUAGACAUAUUUAUAAAAUCAGCUGUUAUUGCAGAAACAUAACCUUGAAAAGAUUAGAAAUUUUGAAAUAAUAAACAUUUAGAAAAAUCCAUCAGUAUCUUUGUUCAAUAGGAGGUUGGAUCCCAAUUUAAGAAAUUAGUAGCACAAUUGUUGACACCCCAAUAUUUUAUACAGCAACCCCCUUUUACCAACAGGAGAGCAUUUAGUAUUCUCUUAUAAAAUUUCACAAAGUAAAAACAUGCAGGGAUAGGGACCUUUGACCUUUUACAUCUGCACAGUUUGUGUCUAAACAUUACAGAUUCUUGAGUCGUUUCUUUAGUUCACCAGACAGGCUUUCAAACAAAUUUAAGACUGAAAAUGCCCUGGAUGAAGAUUGAUUUUGUGUCUGUUUAACGAUUUCUGUCUUGAUUCAGCCAUAUGUUUUUUGAAAAUGUUUCUAGUAUAGGAACUGCUUCAGCAUUCUGGCAGAGUCCACUAGAUAUUUAUUGACAUGAGUCUGGUGUGUUGGAGCAGGGAUGCAUUCAAAUGUUGUACGACAGUAGGACUAAUAAACUGGAGUUUAUGACUUGUAUUGUCUCUAUUAUUAUUACAGAGUGAUAACGUCUUGCACUCUUGCUAUAUGUUCCAAGCUUCUGGAGGAAAAACAAGCAUACAGCAUCCCACAUCAUCCAUCGUGCUUCUCCUUGUAUUCAUUGGCAGAGAGCACUCGGCUUGAAAUGGCUCAAUCUUGGUAUCAUCUGACAGAGUUCCAAUUAAAGUUCCUGCUGCAUUAGGCAAAAACAUGUUUGUGCUUUCUGACUUCACUUGCAGAUUAAGGAUUAACACGUAGAUAAAAUCUUGUGGUUAUCUGGGUGAUGUCUUUGCUACAGCUCUGAAAUAACAGCUUUACGUCCAUGGCAUGUUCUCUUGUUGUUUGCGUUUGGAAGCGUCACCAAAAGCUGGGCUUUUCGGUCGUGUCAUAAGCAUACCCUGAAAAAUGAGAAGACAUGGAGGAGAGAUUAAGUCUUAUAAGAAAAUCUAUUUGAGUUUAUUUACAUUUAUUUUCACACUGUUAUUGGGAUGUACAACAAUACAAUAAUAAUAUUUCCUAACAUGGGAUCCUUACUGUCUUUAAUAAAUACAAAACUAUAAAUUGUUUUGAUUUUAAGACACCGUUAAGGAUUUGUCAACAUCCGAUCUAAAAGUCAGUAAUUAAAUCCCUUUUUCAUCAGUGGCAUUUACAGCGUUUUUUCACAGUUUUACUCAACACCUGAAACCAUUUUAGGAACAUAAUUCAAGCAUACAGAAUCACAGAUCAGCUUUGUCAGCUUUAAAAGUGUGAGUUUCCACUGCUCCUCUGUAUCCACAGCAGUUUGUAUGUAUGCAGCCACAAUCUGACACUAUCUUACUGUCAAUUUCCCUAGGACGGUCUUGAAAGUUCUCUGAUCCCUGGUGCUAAUUUGCUUAUCUCAUUUUUGUGAAUCCCUUUGUCAUAUAGUGACUGCUGUUGUGGAUGUGUGAAGAUACUUAUGCAUUAGUGGAAAACAAGUAAAUUGACCUUGAAUCCAGGAUAACGGUUAUUUUUCAGAAGGGGAAGUAUGUGGUCUCAAAAACUGCAAAUAAUGCAUUUGUUUUUCUCUUCUUGUUCAAGGGAGAUUUUUUUUCCUCUUACGGCUACAAUAAACUCAAAUAGGACAGUGAGAAUGUAUUCCUAGUUUUGUAAAGCUCAGUUUUUCAAACUGCCUUUAAUAAAGCUGCUGUUUCCAAUAA